UUUGGAAUGAUAAAUUGAUAAUAUAAUCUAUCGAAAAAAAAAACGAUUUGAAGUGGAAUUCGGAGGAUGACACCGACUUGGAUGCGGAUCCUUCUUGGCAACAAAAUUUGCCCAUAAGCUGACACUUCCCCUUUUUAUUGUUCCGAAUCGCUUCAGAGAGAGAGAGAGAGAGAUUUUUGAUCUCUCCCGAUUUCUGAUGCAAUUUCUCACCGAUUUCCAUGGAUUCUAAGCCUCCUCAGCCUGCAGCUUCUAAUCCUCCACCAAAACCUUGGGAACGAGUAGGGGGAUCGUCGGGUUCAGCACCUUUUAGACCGCCAUCAGCUGGCAAUACAAGUGAUGUAGUAGAGGCUUCUGGGACUGCAAAACCUGGAGAAAUUGUAUCUACUUCUGAUAGGACUGCUGCUGUUAAUAGGAACUCACUUGGCAGGCCUGUUCCAACAAGGCCUUGGGAGCAAAACUAUGGGAAUAAUAAUAGCUAUGGAGGAGCUUAUGGUUCAACUAUGAAUAAUUCUCUGUACGGUUCUGGGAUGUAUGGUUCUUCUUAUGGUGGAGGAAUGUAUGGGGGUGGAAUGUAUGGGAACAACAGUAUGUAUAGAACAGGAGGUUAUGGUGGGCUGUAUGGAUCUUCUGGUAUGUAUGGAAAUAGUGGUAUGUAUGGAGGUGGAAUGUAUAAUAGUGGCCUUGGAGGUCCAAUGGGUGGCUAUGGAAUGGGCAUGGGUGGUCCUUAUGGUGGUCAAGAUCCAAAUGACCCUUAUGGUCCUCCCUCAUCUCCUCCGGGAUUUUGGAUGUCAUUUCUGCGAGUGAUGCACGGUGUUGUUAACUUCUUUGGUCGAAUAUCUAUUCUUAUUGACCAGAACACACAGGCGUUCCAUAUGUUCAUGACUGCACUACUUCAGCUUUUUGACCGCUCCGGUAUGUUAUAUGGAGAGCUUGCUAGAUUUGUCUUGAGGCUGCUUGGAAUUAAAACCAAACCUAGGAAGGUUCAAGAUGUAGGUCCUGAUGGGCUUCCCCUUCCCGGAGCCCCCCAUCCUCAUCAAGGCCAGAACUUGAUCGAGGGACCGAAGGCUGCUCCUGAUGGUGCUUGGGACAAUGUUUGGCCGAAUGGUUCCCAGUAAAUGAACAAAUUUACUUAAUAUUUGAAGGUGUACUCAAAACAAAGAAGGAUACUGGAAGAUCUUGAUAGGACAGAGAACUGAGAUGUGAUCCCAAGCUUGUAUUUAGCAGGAUUGACCUCAGCCUUGGCCGCGGUUUCGGUUGUGUUCUUCUUUCUGGAAUCUGAGAAGACCAUAAAAAUAUAAAAUAGUGAAUUAAGCUGUCUUUGACCUGAAAUACAAGUUGGUUUUAUUGGUUCUUUUGGUGGUUCAGUUUAGUAUUAUUAUUUUUUUGUUGUGUAUGAUUGAUGAUGAAUAAUGAAAAGUGAUCAUAUUCUAAAUCU